AUGGAAGCCAUCCGACCAGCCCUCCUGGUGAUUCUGAAGUUCGAAGAAUGGACUACGAAUUCUCAGCCGACGGAUUCCGUCACAACCGCACCUUGGGCAGGCUCACCACUAGCGGAAUCAUUUGGCUAUUUCCAGAACAGCAGUCGAAAUACCUUAGCGCUCAUUCAAAAGGUAGGCUUAGCUCCUCGCGAUCACUCUGGGGCCGUCUCUCCGACACUUAGUCCCGAGGCCGUGGAUGAGGUGCAUCGCAACCUCGAGCAGAUGCCCAACCGACAGAUUCUGGAUAUACUUGUUCAACACUUCGCCGCAGAGGUCAAUUGGAUGGAACAGCUUGUACAAAUACCCUGGUUCCUAGCGAGAUAUGAGUCAUGGUGGAUGGUAAAACCAGUCACGCUUGUGGCUGGUGUGGACUUUGCUGUCCUAAUUCUACGCAUCUGCUCUUACACCCUGCAGUUUUUGCCGUCUCCCGGUUACGCACUUGAUACUAUCCGCGGUGUAUCGCUUGCUGAGAUACGAAACCUAUGCAAUGAGACGGCCGAUGGCCUCGAAACCAUUAGCAUAGCAGCCGAUGCUAGAGGAUCCUUGAUUCGGGUCCAGUAUGUGGCCUUCUCUGCACUGAAGUGUCGGGUCGAUGCGAAGUCUGACGCAUUCUGGGAUGUUUUGGGUCGCUCCAUCCGUAUCGCACAGAAUAUCGGUCUACACUGCGACACGAUCCACCCGAAAACAGGCACAGACAUCAUGGACCAGGAAAUGGAACGCACUGAAUAUGAUAUAAUUGCGGCAGAAGAAAGGAUGCCAAAACUCCCAUUACAACGCAAACUCCUCCACUCGGCCAUUAACGAUUCGAUCUACUGGAAUUUUCGACCACUACUUCUAACGCAGCCUGUACCUCUGCCUGUUUACAAGUCUCUAAUCCUGGGCUCCCAGAAACGAAAGCUCGCUGCCGCAGCGCUGUUAGCUCUGGCGAGCGUAAAGCAAUUGCACGAGUUGCUUGGUAGCUGCCACACACGCUUCGCCGGGAUCAUCUUCACUACCUUCGAAGCUGCGGCACUGCUUGUUUUCAUCUACACGGACCCCUCGUUCGAAGAGAAUUGCCCAACACAGUACUUGCUGCCACCAGGUACGCUGAGGGCAGACCCAUUACAGGCCACCCUAAGCCAUACGACACGAUCUGGCUGCAUGCAAGCCGUCCAAGGUGCUCUGAAGCGACUAAAAAUGCUGGCGGAAGUAAGCAGCAUGGCAGAUGUCGCUGCAACCACAUUGAGCGAAUUGUUGAACAAAGCCUCAGAAGCUAGGCCGGAUACAGGGACGAGCUCGGAUGAGUCGGGCCUGGAAACGAACCUGUCGAAUGGUGUGGCGGGCACCACAUCUGCACACGCGCCAGCAGCGCCAGCGCCGCCCACAUCGACAACGUCGGAGACGGCCGCAACCUCCCAGGUCGGACCUACAUUCACCACCUCCGGAAACGAAGCGCCAUGGCUCUCGGCUGAUAUGCCAGAUAUGGGUUCGCUCAACAAUCUGGUAGCCAUGAGCGAACCACUGGCUGUGGGGGACUUUGCGGGUUGGCUGCCGUAUGACGCGUCCAACUUGUAUGCACACCAAUCCUGGGUACCGGAUGAGUCCCCUGAUAACUACAGUCUUUGA